AUGCGCACCUCGCCACUCGUUUCGAGGGCUGCAUUCGCUUGCUAUCUGUCCAUUCGUUCACUUGUUUCAGCUCAGUAUCUCCCAGGCGCUUCUUUUUUCGACGGCAAUGGAGCACCCAGCGCGGCCCCGUAUGAGUUGGUGGACGACUAUGAGGGCACAACGUUCUUCGACAAAUUCAGCUUCUACAGUGGAUAUGAUCCUACAAACGGCCACGUCCAAUACGUCAACCAAACGGUCGCUGAACGCAACGGCCUGGCGUCCACUUCGCCAGAAGGCAGAACAAUCAUUAGUGUCGAUACUACGAAUCGCUAUCCGAAUGGUGGCCCAGGCCGGCCAGCAGUGCGCCUGGUGAGCAACAAUGCGUACACCCACGGGCUGUUCAUCUUGGACCUUGUCCACAUGCCAUAUGGCUGCGGAACAUGGCCAGCAUACUGGCUACUUGGGCCGGAUUGGCCAUCAAAUGGAGAGAUCGACAUCAUCGAAGGGGUGAACACUAUUGAUCACAACUCCAUGUCCCUGCACACCAGCAACAACUGUACCAUCUCAGGCGCCGAACAGAGCGGAGAUUUCCAGACAAGCGACUGUAACAAGGAUGUGAAUGGGAACUCCGGUUGCGGUUCAUCUGCGAGCAAUACCAACACCCCGAACAAUUACGGCGCUGCUUUGAACCGCGCGAAUGGUGGUGUGUAUGCGACGGAGUGGACGUCAAACUACAUCAAGGUCUGGUUCUUUGGUCGCAACAACAUUCCCACCAGCAUUACGAUCGGCGCACCAGACGUGUCGCAAUUCGGUGUGCCAGUCUACAACGCGCAAGGCCAGUGUCCGAUUGAUCAGCAUUUCAACAACAUGAGCAUCAUCAUCAACACAGACUUCUGCGGCGACUGGGCGGGGAAUGUUUUCACACAGUACGCAGGCUGUCCGUCAUCGCCAGGCCAGAACAGCUGGGGUUCGUGCGUGAAUUAUGUUGGCGACAACCCUUCCGCCUUCACUGAGGCGUACUGGUCCAUCAACUCGGUCAGGGUAUACCAAAUGCCAAUGGGUGCGAGGCCAUCUUUAUCCUACAGCACUAGCCUGUCUUCCAUCUCGGCGACCGCGAGCACGAAUACCAUUCCUAGAGGUAUGGGUGCUACGACAUCCGGUCUUUCCUCUGAAGCGUACACCGGCUCGUUGUCGUCUAUUUCGUCGACAAAGUCUUCAUCCAGCGAGACGGCGGCGUCAUCUUCGACAUCGCGCACGCGGACACGAUCAUCGACUUCCUCGACGUCUCCAGCAUAUUCUUCGUUGAGUCAGGCGGCAUCGUUCUCAUCGUCAUCGGUGGCUUCUGCCUCCACCUCGCAGUCGGGAACACGAUCUUCGAGUUCGUCGACCUCCUCAGCGUCUUCUUCGUCGUCUACCGCUUCUCCAUCAUCGUCGGCCUUGACAACCGCAGUGAUGUCCUCCUCAUCUUCAGCAGCCGUGUCAUCACCCUCGAGUUCUACAUCUAGCUCCUCCGCAGCAGUCUUGUCAACAAGCUCGUCUUUGGCAGAUUUGUCGACCACAAUCUCAUCAGCAACUUCGAGUUCCGCAAAUCCUUCUGCAUCAGCCGGUCUGCAGUGCCCUGCAUCAAACGGCACCGCCUACACCGAUCCAUCGGGCAUUCGCUACAUCGUCAUGUGCGACGUUACGACAAACCCUGGAGACAUUGGAUACCAUGGCGAGCCUGACUUCGAAUCUUGUAUCGACGCAUGCCACGAAACAGAUACUUGCAUUGGCGUCAACUUCUACUUCGACGGUGGCUGUUUCUUCAAAGCAGAGUACUUUUCGACUUUGCCAGGGGAAAGCGUUGCGGCUGCGAUUUUGGCGUCUUUGGUUGAGCCGGCAUCGAGCACGACCACAACCUCAGAUUCGGCAUCGACGCCCUCUCCCGCGGGACCUUGCCCGGCCAUAGACGGACAGACCGUCACCGAUGUCAACGGAAGCAACUACACCAUCGCGUGUGGAUCCGACACCACUGAGGGAAGCUUUUCCGAGGCGACGUUCACCACCACUGAUUAUGCUCAUUGUAUGACUCUCUGCGACGAAACCAACGAGUGUGCAGCAUGGACGUGGGUCCCGUAUCCUUAUCCUGGCGGCGUGUGCUAUUUGAAGCGUCAGGGAGCCACCUUUGUAGCAGGGACUGCUGAUGAGAUUGCUGGAACACUCGUCGUCUCUUUGCCGACCAGUAGGUCUUCCGCAAUGCCAUCAUCGACGGCUAGAGUUGGAGCUUCCGCGAUCUCGUAUACCGCUGGGUCCCAGAUCAUGAGCAGCAAUAUUAAGAGCAGCUCAGCACCAGCCACUUCUCCAGGAGUAUCUGCGACACGUACCAGCAGCAUGGCGGCCGCUUCUACCCUGCCCUGCAACUCCGCCUAUACGGAUCAGACAGGGGCAGCAUAUUCUGUGCGUUGCAAUACCGACACCACCACCCAAGCAUAUGCUAUCUCCUACUCUACGGAACCUAAUGGCGGUUUCGAUGGAUGCUUCACCUCUUGCAGUUUGGAUUCGAGAUGCGCUGGCUUCACGUUUGUCAAAGGCGACAGUGGGCAUGGAGAGACCGGGAGCUGCGAGUUGAAGUCGUCAUCGGGCAUCUUUGUCCCAUCCACCAGCAACCGCACCUCGUGCUUCAGAUUGAGGGAUACGAUGGGGAAUCCUGGGUACUCGGGUUCUGACGUCAGCACACCCAUGGGCUCUGUCACCUCCAUGACUGCAGGGACGUCUGGCUCCGGCUUGAUUACCACUGGCGGCGCUGCGACAAGCACAAGCCCGAGUACCACCGCUCCACCGUGUCGGACGGAAGCAUCUUCUCUAUGUGCAAGCAGCGACUCCAAGUCGACAUGUUCGAGCUCAAGUGGAAACAACUACGAUGUGACGUGCGGCAUCGUGUAUGAAGGAACGGUCAUCGACACCUCGGGAAUCAGUCAGAGCGAAGUCAAGAGAGCAAUCGAGCCUACCUUCAACGACUGCCAGUCGUUGUGUGAUGGGACGACAGGGUGCGUGGCACUCAACUACAUUGGCACCAACUGUACGCUUCUCAGCUCCGUCACGGGCACAUCGUACGUGCCAGGCGCUAUUGGUGCUUCAAUUUCAGGAGGAACCUCAACUGCGGAUCCCGUCUGCCCAGGAUCGGCGAACCAGGUCUUCACUGACAGCAAUGGUGUGGCUUACAGCAUUGGAUGCUACACCGACUACGCAGGUAACAACAUUGGCAAUCCCCUCAACGCAGCCUCAUUCUCCGCUUGCGCGGCAUUUUGCGAUGCGCUCAGUGGAUGCUACGGGGUGGAGUUUGACACAACGUCAAAUCAAUGCACUCUGAAGUCUUCUUUCUCCGGCACACAGUCCUCCAACACCAACCUGAUAUAUGGUGUCAAGAAUCGGGCAGCCACUGGUGGCACUUCGAUCAAUCCCACGUUGACACCAUCGACAACACUGUGUAAGAUUUGUCCUUUCAAGUUGGUUGAGAUGGCCUGA